CAGCGCGCCCCCGGCUGGCUGAGAAAAGGCGCAUCGUCCUCCUUUUACAUUUCAGUCACGCAGCUUUGCUCAGAUUUGAGAUGAAGCAUGGAGGAUGUGUGUUUUAUCAGUAGCCUAAUUUAAAUAAAAGAAAUCCACGCUUUGCAUCGAUGCCUUUGCUUUAUCUGAUUUAACAUUUGGGGGUUUAUUCUAGAGCAAUUACCUUUGGAGCGCGUCAUUUUGGAUAAUCUGCAUUGCUUGCAUCCGACCGAGCGACUGCACCUCGUCGAAGGACGUUUAACGCUUUUACACCCGUCCGUUUGCAAAAAAAAUAGACUCUAGCCUAAAUAUAGCCAAUAAGAAUUAUUUUUGGCUGACGUGGACACAGGGUCAUUAAUGAUUGGCAAUUAAUGUCACAGCUGGCGAUACAUUGCGAUGCUUAUCGUCCAACAGCAAUGAUGCUGCAGUACGAGAGCAGUAUAGCCUAGGAAGGUGAUGGACAAUGUCCUGUCCAGCGGGUACACGACCCCUGCGCUCCUGGUCCUGAAUGCAGCGGAGAGAGACACCUAACCGGGUGUCACCGUCAACCCUGGAUGCUGCGCCGAAGAAUGGGAUACGCCGACCCAUCGUCGGGUAAAGAUAUACUAGGCAAUAGAUCCCUUUGUUUUAUAUUUAUUUGCGCAUUUGGACUCGUCACACUAUUGCAACAAAUUCUCUACGGAAAAAACUACAUUAAGAGUGCGCAACAGUUUAGCCGACUCAAAGGGGACGAGACAGGAAAUUGGACCGGUCCCAUUAAUUUCUCGGAUGAUGGAUCUCUGAAGUCUGCCAGAAAUGGAAGGAAAAGAUGUUUCCGUCAGAAUUUUCAGCCAGAUUCACAGAUCUCCGUAAUAGUCACACCCUGCCUAGCCGAUAUUAAGAAGAAAAAAAAAAGGUAUCUGGAAAACUAUGAUGGCUCAUAUGAAUACAACUCCACUGCAUGCAGGGAGCUCAGGCAGGAGAUUAUGGACGUCAAAGUCUUGACAAUAGACAUUAAUCGGAAAAUACAUGGCCAUGGGUAUCCUUCCUCAUUCCACAAGUCUCUCUGCCUGUCUGCCAGGGUGAAAACCUCAGAGCUGUUUGAGCGAUGGCGAAACCUGCAGGUGUGUAGAUGGGAGCAGAACAAGGAGGAGACCAGCAACUUCAAGAUGUCUCUGUCUCGCUGCUGUAAUGCUCCUUCCUUUCUCUUCACCACCAAGAGGAACACUCCUGCAGGGACCAAGCUGAGGUACGAGGUGGACACCAGUGGUAUUCUUCCCAUCACCAAUGAAGUCUUCAAUAUGUUCCAAGAUGACAUGCCGUAUUCCAAAUCACAGUACAAGAAAUGUGCUGUUGUUGGAAAUGGUGGCAUCAUCAAGAACACCAAAUGUGGGAAGGAAAUUGACUCAGCAGAUUUUGUUUUUAGGUGCAACAUACCACCCAUCAAUGCGAAGUACUCAGCUGAUGUUGGCACUAAAACAGAUCUGGUGACAAUAAAUCCUAGCAUUAUUACUGAGAGAUUUCAGAAGCUGGAGAAAUGGCGGCGACCGUUUUACGAAGUCCUUCAAAAUUACGAGAACUCCUCAGUGGUGCUUCCCGCCUUCUAUAACACUCGCAACACCGACGUCUCUUUCAGAGUCAAGUACAUGCUGGAUGACUUUGACUCCCAGAGAGGCGUGUUCUUCUUCCACCCGCAGUACCUGCUCAACGUGCAGCGUUUCUGGGCAGUGCAGGGUGUCCGGGCCAAACGGGUCAGCAGCGGCCUGAUGCUGGUGACCGCCGCCUUAGAGAUGUGCGAGGAAGUCCACCUCUACGGUUUCUGGGCGUUCCCCAUGAACCCCUCUGGCAUCUUCAUCACUCACCAUUACUAUGACAACGUCAAGCCACGGCCGGGCUUCCAUGCGAUGCCCCAUGAAAUUUUCAACUUCAUUCACAUGCAUACUCGUGGGAUCCUCAAUGUACACACGGGGCAGUGCACGUGAUCCCUUACUCCUCUGCUUUAAUGUGGUUAAACUUUUAGUUUUUUUUUAUUUUCAAUCAGGUUUACAUGUUGUGUUUUAUUUCAGUCAAUGAGACUCAUCACUUUUCUCUCUAUUUAAAGAGUUGGCCUCACACUUAUUCCACAACACAGUGAAGGUUGCUUGCUUUACUUGCCAACACACUUCUUUUUUUCUUUUCUUUUUUUUAAACAAUGUUUUUAUUGAUUUCAUACUUCUCUUUUCGAUGUGUACGUUAAUUUACUUAAAUCAAAUCACAACGGUCAUCUCCGAUUCUCUAACCAUAGGAUGCUUGUUUUUAAUGUGAAAAGUGGUCUUCAUAGUGAUGUUGUUUCUGUGAAGUUUUCUAGUGGCUCUGCUGUACAGAGGUGUUGUUUUCUACCCAAUGUUGCACAGAUAUUUAUGCUAAAAUGGUUCGCAGUGGGUGUUUUUUUGCCCCCUCAUUCCUCCUGUCUUCUCUCCUUAUCUUGGACACUCUGUGGGUGUGGCAGCUUUUAAUGUUUGUGUAAAACAAAACCUGAACCUUGAUAUUAAGCUAAUAUUUGAAAAAAGGAAAAUGAAAAAAGAUUGUAACAUUCAAUUGUCUACUUUUGUAAUCUAUUUCCUAUUCACCAGAUUCACUGGGUGAAUUUUUUAAAAACACUAUUGAAACGGCGGUUUUCAGUGGCCUACUUUCUCCCAUCUAAAAAUAUCCUCUGAUAUAUCUGGUAAAAAAAAAGUGUGUAUGAGAAGAGGCGAGGAGGGUUUUUUCCCUUUUUUUUGGCUUUUCAUGAUUUUGAACAAAAGCCAGAUAAAUAUUUUGAAAUGACACCACCUGAGCAAAAUGUUGUUUUCAAGGCCGUCUUAUUUGUAUAGCAAAAUAGUACUCAUUGUACUGUUAUGCCACCCAGCCUCUCGUGUCCUCUCAUGUCUUAAGCCAUGCUGCCUUAUGAGAUAUCAAACCCCUCUAUAUGAUAUGCAAUGCACACAUGUGUUUUGCUUAUCUACAAAUACAUUAACAUCAAACUAAAUCUUAAUUUGUCUCUUGAAUCAAGGACAUUUGGGACUCUAAGGUAUAGAAAUUCAUGUGUGUUUCUUAUCUUAUAUUCUAUUGGAAUUAGCAAUGUUCCUGUAAAAUCUAUUCAUAAUCAUGUAACACUCUGCAUGACUUUACUCUAUGCUUGGCUUUGUGUGUGCCUGCUUCAAUGAUCACUGAAAUAUGUUUACACUUAAGCCUCAACUUGAGCGCACAGUGCUUUUGGAGAUAUGUAUACAAACCUUUUCACAGAAAAAAUGAAUGGGUACGUUGAAAUGUAUAAUAGUAGAUGUAGUUCUCAUUGAUUAAAGAUACACAAAUGAAGAUGGUUGCUGCCCUUUGUGAAGUGCUACAACACUUUUAUUACUAUUUCACCUUCCCCUUUGAACUGUGAAAAUUCAGUUUGCAAGCAUUGUGCAUUUAAGCACUGGAAAGCUGUGUAGGUUUUUAACGUUUAUUUUGUUGUACAUGGCAAAAGUUUUUAAGAGACUGUAAAAUAAUAUUUUGUCACUCUUCUGUUCAUGCCCUGCUGUGCACUUUUCCAUUUCAUUUAUUUUGUAUUUGAUGGACAUCAUUGCUAAUAAUAAUAUUGUUUCUUUCAUCAUUUAUACAGACUAUUUGUGUGUUUAUGCACAAGAGAUAUGAGUUCAGCAAAUAUGAACACCAAAAAUGUUUUGGCGUGACCACUAAAUUGUUGCACAGACACAACUGAAUCAAGAAUGGAAAAGGAUUAGAACUGGUCUGUGUACUGAACAGAUGUAAUAUAUAACGCAGUACUUCUUAACUUACUCUGGAUCAUUCUUUUUAAUGAUAAUGUGUUUGUAAAUAAACUUGUUUGGAUUUUCUCA